AUGUACGGCAAGAGCAGACCAACCUACGAAUCCGCCUCGACGCGCAAGUUCCAGCUCGGCCGCACCGAGACCACCCGCAGCGUCUCCGACGAGAGCGUUGCCUUCUGCAAGUCCCACACUGACAUCAACGUGCCCCGCGAAGUCGUUGCCAAGAACUUCCGCGCCGCCGUCGUUGCGCAUAGCAAGUAUACUGCCGACGCGAGCCUGGGCAAGGGUGUUGACAGACACCUGUUUGGCCUUAAGAAGCUCAUUGCGGAGGGCGAGAAGGUCCCUGCACUCUUCGAGGAUCCGGCAUAUGCGUACAGUGGCAAGUGGUUCAUCAGUUCUAGCCAGCUGAGCUCUGAGUAUUUCAAUGGAUAUGGAUGGAGUCAGGUUGUGGAUGAUGGGUUUGGUAUUGCGUAUAUGAUUAAUGAGAAUAGCAUCCAAUUCAAUAUCGUCUGCAAGAAACUCGGCGCUGAGCGCAUGAGCUUCUACCUCAACGAGGCCGCCUGCGAGAUCCGCGAGCUGCUCAUGCCAGAUCUCCUGGCUGAGGCGGAGAAGGCCAAAUUGUAA